AUGCCAAGAAAUAAGGAGCCGCAUUGGAAGUUUCUCAAGGCGCCCAACCCUGUUGAGGACGAGGAAGAUCUGGAAUCCCCUGGAGACGUUGACUACGAGAGCGGGUACGAAGCCGAGUGGGAGCGCACUGAAUCUGAUGUGGGGUACAGCCCUGUUUGCGAAGUGAGGGCAGAGCGGUUUCAAUCCACUCGUACUAGUCCUCCUGAACUUCACCAAGGACCAGCUCCAGGUGAAGAUUCAGCAGAUUCAGCAGAACCCGAGAGCGCCGAGAUCGUUGGUGACUUGGGUCACCUCCUUUCGAACAAUGCCUCUUCUGAGGCUGCCGCAGCGCGCGACGGCCACAACGCCAACCUAGGAUCGCUCGAUAAACCAAAGCCCAUCUAUCCUAGGGUUUUUUUCCCUCCCUCUCACCCCUCUCCUCGUGCAGGCCACAGGACCACCUUAGGCUCACAAUCAUCUGAACCGCCAGAUCGUGUCUACGCGAAGAUAUUUUCUCUUCCUGCUCGGCCCUCUCUUCCUUGCACCCCGACCUCUGAUGCUGUUCAAAGCAUCCCUCAUGCUGCGCCAGCGGUUGAUCCAGUUCGCAUUGUGACAUCGACUCCGACUGCGAAGGUCGAUAAGCCUAAUUCGCCACCAAAGUAG